UUCAGUUGGCAUCUCUGUGUCUCUGUGUGUGUGUCUCUCUCUCCAUUCCCCUCCUCCUUCCUCUCCCCUUCUUCUCUCCCUCUUUCACUGGAGGUUGGGCAACUGUGGGUGUGUUUUCCCUUCCUCUCUCUCUCUCUCUCUCUCUCGCCUGCCUUCCUUUCUGCCUUCUCUCUCUUCUCUUUGCUGGUGUUUUCUCUCCUUUGGAGUCCUGAGUCCGUAUCUUCUUUCAUCUCUUUUCUGACUCCGGUUCCCUGGAAGAAGAAGAAAGAAAAAAAAGCCAACCCUUUUUUUCUCGGAGUCUCAAUUCAUUCCAGUAUUUCGCGCUCACCAAUUCUUUUCUCCUCCCUUUCACUUAAAAAAAAAAAAGAAGGGGAAGAAAGAGGGGGAUUUUUUCCCCUCUCUCUCUCUUUCUUUCUUUCUCUCCUGGCUUGGUGGUUGGAGUUUUCCCUUCAUUGCGCAAAGGAGAGCAAGGCGCAAAGAAGCAAGCCAGGGCGCAAAAUAAUAUCGGGCGGAGAGAAGAAACCAGGAGGAAGAAAGAGGCAGAAAAGGGAGGAGAGCUUGGAAAUGCCUUCUUCCCCCCCUUCCUCUUGUCUCUGGCAGACUUUUCUCCACCUCCUUUCAACACCCCCCUAAAGAUCCCUGGGCGCAGGGAUUGAGACACAGAGAGACACACAGAGGCGAGCUCAGAACUGGAGGCGAAUUUUUGUGCUCCUUUUUCUGGGCAUCCUUGGCUUUAUUCUUCUUGGUCGUCGUCCUGGUCUUUCCCCCCCUUUUUCCUCUCUUUCUUCCCUUCCUUUCCCCCUUUUUCUUCCUUUCCUCGAAGCCCAAACCACCCCAAAACCCAACGAAACCACCCCCAAAAAGAUGCAGUUCCCUCUCCAAAGAUUGUCUCCAUCUUUGGGUCUCUCCAAGCGCCUCAAACUUUCCGGACCCGUGGCGAAAAAAAGCAGAGGAUUUAUAAAACUUUACUGACCCAAGGAGGUUGCUCCCCUACUCCCCUAAGUCCCUUUUCUCACCAGCUUUCUUUCUGAACCCCCCUUUUUAAAAAAUUUCCCCUUUUUUCCAAGUCUUUUUUUGAAUCUCUUUCUUUGCUUUCCCUGUUGCUUUUGCGCGACUCUCCUGCCUCUCUCCUCUUGGAAUUUGUCAAAAAAGGAAGGAGGAAAACAAAAGAAGAAAGGAAGAGAAAGGGGAGAAGAAGGAGGAGAAGAAGAAGAAGAAGAAAAAGACUGGAGGGGAGUUGCUUGGCUUUCUCUCCCCCCACCCUUCCCAAAGCCAAGCCUCUCCACCACCUUUAAAGGAGUUAUUUCUCUCCUGCAGUGAUGGUGGCCUUUGGGAUCUCCCUGCUUGGAUUCUAUACAGGUCUGCUCUUCGCUUUGCUGGAACUCUGGUUUAUCGAAGGACUCAGCUUGGAGCCCAUCUACUGGAACACCUCCAACAAAAAGUUCCAGAACGAGGGGGGCUAUGUCUUGUACCCCCAAAUCGGGGACCGCCUGGACCUGAUCUGCCCGCGCUCGGUGCCGCUGGGCCCGUUCUCCACCGAGGACUAUGAGUACUACAAGCUCUACCUGGUCCAGACGGAGCAAGCCGAGCGCUGCGAGAUCCUGCGCACCCCGAACCUCCUCCUCACCUGCGACCGCCCCGAGCACGACAUGCGCUUCACCAUCAAGUUCCAGGAGUACAGCCCCAACCUCUGGGGACACGAGUUCAAGACCAACCAGGAUUAUUACAUCAUCACAACGUCUGAUGGGACCCAGGAAGGUCUGGAGAACAUGAAAGGAGGUGCCUGCCUCUCCAAAGGCAUGAAAGUGGUCCUGAAAGUCGGGCAACAUCCCAACACAGGCUCCAAAUCCCAGAAGUCCAUCCCAGACUCACCUGCUGAGAAGGAGCGAGGGACGUCAGGCGGCGGAGAGCCCAACAAGGAGAUGAACCCAGGACCCCCAACGGGAAACACCACGGGGAAAGUGCGGGGUGAGAAUGGCCCCCUCCCGCAGUCCAACGUGCCCAUCAUCGCCGGGGCCGCCGGGGGGGCUGCCUUUGUGCUUCUGGUGGCGGCGGCCGUGACGGGGGCCCUGUGCUACCGCCACCGCCGGGCCAAGCACAGCGAGUCCCACCACCCCCCGCUAUCGCUCAGCACCCUGACCAGCCCCAAGCGCGGCGGAGGCGGGGGCGGCGGGGGCAACAACAACGGCUCCGAGCCCAGCGACAUCAUCAUCCCGCUCAGGACUUCAGACAGCGCCUUCUGCCCGCACUACGAGAAAGUGAGCGGAGACUACGGGCACCCCGUCUACAUCGUCCAGGAGAUGCCUCCGCAGAGCCCCGCCAACAUUUACUACAAAGUAUGAGGUGGGGGAGGCACACGGAUGGACAGACGGACUGACGGGCGGCAGAGCUCCCUCUGGCCGCGUCUUGGAUUCCCCCUCCCGUAGACGAGGAGGGCGGACAGGACGCCGACGCCACCUCAUGCCCCUCUCGUUGCGCACAUGGGGUCAACGCACAUUGGCCUGGGCCACCCUCGCCCACACAGGAGGGGUGACCCGAACUCGGACCCCCUUCUGCCAAUGUAACGGAGGCGUGGACCUUUUGUACCGCUCAGUGGCCUUCCCCUUUCAAUGGAUUCUUGGCCCGGCUAGGACGGACGGACGGAUGGACAGAGGGACAGGACUCGAACCCGCUCCCUGUCAGACCGGAGUGAGCUUAAUGGAGGCAAAUCCCCCUACCACUGGUUUUAAAAACAAACAAAAUAGGGCUGUGCCCAUCCUUUCCUUUCUGCGCUUUCCAUCCCAAGUUAGUGGCUUUUACGAGAGUCCACCGUGGUUGGUCUUAACGUUUUCAUUUUAAGUCAUUUCUAUUCAAAACGAAACAUAAUCACGCAGAUUUACAAAUUUGGGGGGUUAUUUUCUUCUGUGUGCCGAAAACCACACGUAAAGUUACUUAUUAGAUUCUAAAAGGAAUGUAACAAGAGAAACUGUGGCUGCAAUGCAAGAAGGAAACUCCCCCAUCAUUGAGUCUAGUGGUACUUACAAGUUGCAAGGAAGGCCAUUAAAGGAUAACCAAUUUAUGUUUCAGCACCCAGAAUGAAAGCAAAACUUUUGCUCUCUCUGGGAAGCUUACUUACCGACCUGUGCCCGUUCGCUCAAAUUAAUUUAGGAAACAAAACAGCGUUCACGGUCUUCACCCUCCAAUUUCCUUGCCGUAAUGGACACUGGCUUUCUUGUUUUGUUAUGCCAAGUCCUCGGUCCAUGCUGGUGUGGCCGGAAAUAGGACAAAAAAGGGUGGAAACACCAAGGGGAUCUCCAUUUAACGUUAUUGUCUUUCAGAGCCACCAUUGACCAAGGCUGACCCCUUCCAUGUGCCUCUCAAACCUGACAUUUCAAACUUGAAAGGGAAUACACUAUUGUGCCAACUCUAAUUUGGGCUCCUUGGUGUUUCCUUCUUAGUGAUACCUUCUCCCGGAAGGAGAGUCGUCCCCAGUUGAACAUGGAAAGGCAGGUUCUCCAUUGUUGGGUUCCUUCCUCUCCAUCGAAGAACAUUAAUUCUGCCACAAAGGUGGCAUGUGCCCAUUUCUGUGGACGUCCUUCAUCCCUUGAAGUAAAUCAAAGGGUUGAAGGACCGAUUGUUCUCCAUCAUACCACCCCUCCUUGGAUUCAAACCUUGAAAGGGAUUACACAGCUUCACUAUUGUGCCAACCAUAAGUUGGGCUCCUUGGUGUUUCCUUCUUAGUGAUAUCUUCUUCUGGAAGGAGAGUCGUCCCCAGUCGUACAUGGAAAGGCAGGUUCUCCAUUGCUGGGUUCCUUCCUCUCUAUCUAAGAACAUAAAUUCUUAGUAAUAUCUUCUCCUGGAAGGAGAGUCAUCCCCAGUUGAACAUGGAAAGGCAGGUUCUCCAUUGCUGGGUUCCUUCCUCUCUAUCUAAGAACAUAAAUUCUUAGUAAUAUCUUCUCCUGGAAGGAGAGUCAUCCCCAGUUGAACAUGGAAAGGCAGGUUCUCCAUUGCUGGGUUCCUUCCUCUCCAUCUAAGAACAUUGAUUCUGCCUCAAAGGUGGCAUGUGCCAAGCCAUGUGCCCAUUUUUAUGGAUCUCCUUCAUCCCUUGAAUUAAAUCAAAGGGUUGAAGGACGGAUCGUUCUCCAUCAUACCACCCCUACUUGGAUUCAAACCUUGAAAGGGAUUACACAGCUUCACUAUUGUGCCAACCAUAAUUUGGGCUCCUUGGUAUUUCCUUCUUAGUGAUAUCUUCUCCUGGAAGGAGAGUCAUCCCCAGUCGUUCACAGAAAGGCAGGUUCUCCAUUGCUGGGUUCCUUCCUCCAUCUAAGAACAUUGAUUCUGCCACAAAGGUGGCAUGUGCCCAUUUUUGUGGACCUCCUCCAUCCCUUGAAUUAAAUCAAAGGGUUGAAGGACCAAUAGUUCUCCAUCAUACCACCUCUCCUUGGGUUCGUUUUCAUGUCCUUGGUGGCCACCAACGCUAGUCUUUAGCAACGAUCCCUUCCGCCCCGUUUUGUUGGGUACAACAUCCCUGUGUUGACUUUUCGGCGACUCGUUUUGGACUCAACUCUUUGGAAGGAGCUCACUUGCUUGUUUCUCCAUCGUUGGUCCUUUCCUCGUUUAGUUGCUAGAAGAAGAACGACGAACACAGUGGCCAGCCUUCUCCAUCUCAUCAUCCGAAGACAUGAGGGUGGAGACCAUCAACGGGGAUGUUCUUUAUUAUUUUAUUUUAUGUUCGGAGACGUUUGUGACUGUGAAUUCCUUACGUGGCCACAUCCGGUGGAUUUUUCGAGAAGCAGUUUGUGUCAUUCGUGACGUUUCGUGGAACGCGCGCCGGAAGAGGCGGGACGUCGUGUGUUAGGCGGGGGGGAAGAAACGUGGCCAAGCUUUUCCUGCCUCGGCAGAAAAACAAAGAGCAAACAAAGGGGGAAACAUGUGGUCUAUUUCAGCUUUAACGGAGGUUUCUUGGUUUUCUAUUAUUUUUUUUGUUUCGAUCUGAAAGUUUCUUAGCUUUGUUGGUGGAAUUUUACUGUUGGACAUUGUUGAUUAUAGAAGUUCUUGUGCA